GUUAUUUGGGAAUAGCGGUGCUUGCAGCGCCUGUGGACAGUCCAUUCCUGCGAGUGAACUCGUCAUGAGGGCUCAAGGCAACGUGUAUCAUCUCAAGUGUUUUACGUGCUCUACCUGCCGGAAUCGCCUGGUCCCGGGAGAUCGGUUUCACUACAUCAAUGGCAGUUUAUUCUGUGAACACGAUAGACCCACAGCCCUCAUCAAUGGCCAUCUGAAUUCACUUCAGAGCAAUCCACUACUGCCAGACCAGAAGGUCUGCUGAAAGGUCAGAGUAAUGCAGAGUGCGUGCCUUCAUCUCAGAUUUUCUUCAUCACAGGUGGAUCCCAUGUGUCUUCAGUAGACCAGUCACCUUUGUAGCCAGCACCAGUGCCAGCCCCUUGUCAUCGCACCUUCUUUAGUCUUGAGUGCCCUUUCUGCAUUUAUGAUGUAUUAAAAUGACUGAAUAUGAACAUUAAGGACUCCAUGAACCUGGGCUAAUGGGAGAUGGUAGCGAAAAGGAAAAAAGAUCCACCGAAGGACAUCUUUGGGGGGGGAGGGUGCCUGGGGGAGGGAAAUGACUAAUGAACCUAAUUAAAAGAAGCAUCGGAAUCCGCUUUCUACCCUCAUUAACAAUUAGCAGGGCACCGGCCAGAGUGUGUACCCUGUGUUUUACCUUAACAACAUUCUGUUUGCUCUUUGUAUAUUUAAGUGUUGUAAUGAAAUGUGUUUCAAUCAAACUGAACAUGAGUUAAAGGAAAAAGAGAUGUGGCUUUUGUGAUAUUAUAUCACGAACACUUUUAUUGUAACUCUGUAAAAUACAAUGUAUGUAUGCAUGUGAGUGUUCUUGUUUCGAUGUUGCUCCACCCCUGGCAAAGGUUAAAAAGAAAAGAAAAGAAAAAAAAAUACAAAAAAAGAAAAAAAAAGGAAAAAAAAAGAAUCAGGCUCAUAGCCGCUACUAUGUAGAAAUUCCCCCACUUCUAAUUUGCUGAAUGAAGAAAAAAAAAUCUUUUAUUUGUGAUAUUUUCAGAGACAUUUGCUCUAGUAUGGUGUAUUUAAAUAAUAAAAACUUAAAAGAAAAAUAUUUAACAGA